AAAAAAGAAGAAGAAGAAGACACCCUUUUGGUUACUGCCUAGCAACAAUGAAGUGAGAGAAGUAAAGCCCGUUAUCGAAUGCAAGUGAACAGCUCCAGAUUCUAGCUCCUGCUGCUUUGCCUGGCAUCGCCACUAGAAAUAUGGAUACUGAAAAGAGAACACAGCACUGCAUUGUCCAACAAGGGAAACACCAACUGUAAAAGCUUCAAUGCUUCUGUUGUCAGCAGCAGACAAUGCCAGUCAGAACGGAAGCGAGAAGUGCUGCUUCUGUUGCUUGAAGGAUGACCGGGGAGAAAUCAAGACAAACACCCUGGUGAGCAGGGAAGGGAGCGGAGCAGGAAGCAUACAGAUGGACACACUGGAUACGGUGAAAAGCAGUCGCAGGCAGCAGGCUGCUGGGAGGGAGAUGUGCGCAUGGUCGAUAGCAUCUUUUUGGCUGAAGGGAUGGCAUGCCAAAACUACUUGCAGUGGGUACAAUCCUCUUGCCAGAAAUGGCCUGAUCAAGUAAGAGCUGGUAAUUCACUAACCAUCUGACGACAGAAGAUGAAUACCAAGAAAUAGCAGUGGAUCCAAAAACAAAGCAUUUCCUUCAGUCAUUCUCACAUCCCAUUAUUGGAUACUUACAACAUGCUUCAGUGGAGAAGGCGGCACUGCUGCUUUGCCAAGAUGACCUGGAAUACCAAGCGGACUCUGUUCCGCACCCACUUCAUUGGUCUACUCUCUCUUGUGUUCCUUUUUGCUAUAUUUCUGUUUUUCAAUCACCAUGACUGGCUGCCUGGCAGAGCUGGAUUCAAAGAAAACCCUGUGGCUUACACUACACGAGGAUUUAGAUCAACAAAAAGUGAGACGAACCACAGCUCUUUGAGGACCAUUUGGAAGGAAGCAGUCCCUCAAACUCUCAGGCCACAGACUAUUACUAAUUCCAACAAUACAGAGCUGUCGCCUCAAGGAGUUACUGGUUUAGAGAACACGCUCAGUGCCAAUGGGAGUAUUUAUAACGCAAGAGGUACUGGACAUCCAACUUCAUAUCAUUUUAAGUAUAUCAUCAAUGAACCUGAGAAAUGCCAGGAAAAAAGUCCAUUUCUAAUACUGCUCAUAGCUGCAGAACCAGGCCAAGUGGAAGCCCGACAAGCUAUUAGACAAACCUGGGGAAAUGAGAGCCUGGCGCCUGGGAUCCAAAUCGUUCGGAUUUUUUUGCUGGGUUUAAGUAUGAAACUAAAUGGAUACCUUCAGCGAGCUAUCCUAGAGGAAAGCAGGCAAUAUCAUGAUAUUAUCCAACAAGAGUAUUUAGACACUUAUUACAACUUAACCAUCAAAACACUUAUGGGGAUGAACUGGGUUGCCACUUACUGCCCAAACGUUCCAUAUGUUAUGAAAACAGACAGUGACAUGUUUGUCAAUACAGAGUAUUUAAUACAUAAGCUUUUGAAGCCAGAAUUGUCUCCCAGGCACAAAUACUUCACAGGCUAUCUAAUGAGAGGGUAUGCACCCAAUCGGAACAAAGACAGCAAGUGGUACAUGCCACCUGAUCUGUACCCGAGUGAACGCUACCCUGUCUUCUGCUCUGGGACUGGCUAUGUGUUUUCUGGAGAUUUAGCAGAAAAAAUUUUUAAGGUCUCAUUGAGUAUAAGACGUUUGCACUUAGAGGAUGUAUAUGUGGGCAUCUGCCUUGCCAAGUUGCGAAUUGACCCAAUGCCCCCACCCAAUGAGUUUGUCUUCAAUCACUGGCGGGUCUCUUAUUCCAGCUGUAAAUACAGUCACCUAAUUACCUCCCAUCAGUUCCAGCCUAGUGAACUGAUCAAAUACUGGAACCAUUUACAACAGAAUAAGCACAAUGCCUGCGCCAAUGCAGCAAAAGAAAAAGCGGGCAAGUACCGCCAUCGUAAACUGCACUAGAAGGGACCCUUUCCCACCCAAAAGUAUUCCAUGUGCAAUUUGUAAAAAAUAUGGCUGAAAGCAUGUACAGUGGAAAAAUGCGCUUAAGAGGGACAGUCUAUUUAAGACCAAGCACUUAAUGAUGUUUCAAAAUUAUUUUUUUAAUUUAAAAGAAAAAAAAUCUAACUCUUGAAAAAAGUAGUAUGAAGAAAGUAUUAACCAAAAGGUUUUUGAAAUUUGGGAAGAAAAAGACAGUAUCAAGAUAUUUGUUUUCAUGUGCAAUAAUAAGCAUGCACACUUUGGUGGUACAAUUGCUAUUUUAUGUGCCAAUAAAAUUUAACUGUGCAAAUUUCAUACUAAAAUUUAUUUAUUU